AGAGCAUAAAAUAAAAAGAAAAUUUAGCUAAUUAUCGCUAAACAAUUUUUCUGUGUUUUGAGCUCUCUUUGUUUCAGGUACCAACCCCACCUUCUCUCCUUUUUUUCUCUCUCUAAACUUUUUUUUCUCUCUCUAUACUCUCUGUACAUACCUAUUUAUUGUUUUUUUUUUUUGGAACUUCUGUGCGUAUUCCACAAUUUAAUUUCUGGGUUCUUCGAAUUUGCAAUUUUUGUUGCUUUUUUGGACAAAAAGAUUGCAUCUUUUAAUUUGGCUCCACUUGUAAUUUUAGAUUUUGUUUGGGGUUAAAUGAGAGUAUUGAAUUUUAUGAUCUGGGUGUUGUUUAGUUUUUGAUUUUGUGUCGGUUAUUUUUGUUAAUUCAGAUCGGAUUCAAGUUAUGAAUUGGGCUGAAAAUUAGGGCCAAGUUGUUGAUAUUUACCCAAUUUGAGUAUAACCUAAGCUAGAAACAAAGCAUAAAGAAAGAAUCUUGGGGAUUUUGUUUGAUAAUUGUGAUUUGAUUUGAUUUGAAUUGGAUGUGGGGAUUUUAAAGAUGGAAGUUUUAAUAUUUAUGGGUAUGUAACUUGAGGUUUAAUAUUGUGUGUAUGUGUGCAAGAUAGAUGGGGAAGGGGGGGAAGGUUGAUUCUAAGAGGAAUUCUAAGACUAGAGUUAGGUUGAAAGACGAGGGUUCCGAUGAUUCCGAUGAGGAUUAUGUAGCUGAAGUUGAGGAAAUUCUGUCUGAUGAUGAAUUAGAGGAUUUGGGGAAUUCUUUAGAUGAAUAUGCAUCGGAGGAGAGUUUUGGUAGUUAUGUCGAGGAAGAGGAAGACGGGGAGUUUAGGAAGGUUAUUAGAUCGAAAAGUAGGAAGGGUUCUCGAGCUAAUGGGAAAAUUGGGGGUAAAACGUCGCGGAAGAGAAAGAGGGUUUCUUAUGAGCAGGAGGAGGAGGAUGAUGAGGAUUAUGUCCAUGAUGAUGACGAUGACGAUGAUGAUGAAUUUAGUCCGGAGGUAAAUGAUGAUGAUGACGAUGAUGAUGAUUUUUUGGAUGAGGAUGAAGAAUUGACUACAAAAAAGAAGAGUACUAAUAUGAAAGUGAGAAACAGAGGCCUUCAGAAAAGGGGUGUGGAACGAGGUCGAAAGAAGAGGAGGAAAUCAAGGGUUUCAAAUAAGCCUUUGACAAAGAAAAGAAGAAAAACCCGCAGGUUGAAGAAGAAAGAGAGAUGCGAAAUUGAUGAUGAAUAUGAAGGUGAUUUUAUAGAUGAUGCACCGGAUGCGAUAGAAAAAAGCAGUAAAAACUCAGCUGUGAGAAGGAAAUAUGCUGUAUCAGAUUCUGAAUUUGUCCCAUCUGGAUCAUCUGAUUAUGAGUAUACCAUCUCGGAGGAAGAGAGAGAGCAGGUUAGGGAAGCCAGUAAGAUGUAUAGAGGAGUAAAAACUAGCUUAAGGAGUUCAUCAUCUGUAAAGAAUAUUCAGGAGGAUGGGGAUUUAUCUCAAGAAGGAAAAUCCGUAGCAAGAAAAGGUAAAGAGAAGGUAAAGGAAGUAAAAGUCGAGGUGGGAAAGCAGGUGUGCGGAAUUUGCCUCUCAGAAGAGGAUAAAAGAAGGUUGAAGGGAACCUUAGAUUGCUGUAGUCACUACUUCUGCUUUACCUGUAUCAUGGAGUGGUCAAAAGUAGAGUCUCGUUGCCCUUUGUGCAAACAGAGGUUUAAGUCGAUUACUAAGAAUGGAAGAGCAGCGUUGGGAGUUGAGUCAAAGUCUGCGGUAAUUCAAGUUCCCAAGCGUGAUCAGGUCUAUCAACCAACUGAGGAAGAGAUAAGGAGCUUUAUCGAUCCCUACGAGAAUGUAAUUUGUACAGAAUGCCACGAAGGUGGGGAAGAUGGACUCAUGUUGCUCUGUGAUCUCUGUGAUUCACCUGCACAUACUUUUUGUGUCGGCCUUGGACGUCAAGUGCCUGAAGGCAACUGGUAUUGUGAAGGCUGUAGACCUAUCGCUCUUGGAUCCACGAGCUCUCAAGAUCUGGAUACUAUGGCGGCUCAUCAACGGACAACAAACAGUAUUUUUAGUCGACCAUCCCCUAAUGCAAACACCAGCGAUGGCUUAGAUUCCACUUUAGAGCCUUCACCUCGUCGUUUAUUUGCUCAUGGAUUUGGAAAUCUGUCAUCUCCCAGAUUUCCCGGUGAUGGCCAGUUAGGUGCUCCAGUAGCUGGAGCAGGAGCAGCAACACUGACACAGAGACGCCAGCUACACCGUCAUAUACAUAAUCUGAUUAAUAUGAACAGAAUCAAUCAUUUGAAUAAUAGAAUGGAUGGGAUUUCAGAUGCCAACUUGCGAACUGUUAUUUCAAACCCUCACAAUGAUCAGUUAAGGGAAGCCUCCGUUCAAAAUUCAAGGACACAAGAAACUAGAGCGUCACAAGGUACAUUUAUCGAUGAGAGAUGGGUAGCAAAUGAUCAUCCAUCUUCUUCUUUACAAAAUGGGGAUCUGUUUUCUUUGAGGCUAAGCCAAAUAAGAAUGCAAGCCCUUCAGGAUCAAAGUGUUUCAACAACUGACAGGUCUAUCAAUUUGACAUUGUGGCCUGAACUCUCAGCGAUUGCUCCAAUAUCCGAGCAUGAUCAAUUCCAGCAUCACAACAGCAGACAUGGCUUGUCAUCUGAAGUUAAUAUGCCACCUCGCAGUGCUAGAGAAGAGAACCAGUUCUAUGUGGUAAAGGAACAACUGCAGUCGAUGGUUAAAAGCCACUUGAAAAGCUUGUCUCAAAACACUGAAUUAGGCCCCGAAACUUCUAAGGACAUUUUAAGGAGUUCGACACAUACCAUCUUAGCGGCGUGCGGUCUCGAGCACAAAAGGAGCGAAGUUCACUCGAUACCUCCGCCAUCGAUUUGUAUGCAUGGCGAUAGACUGAUUGCUGGGCAGACAAGUAUAUUAAAAGGUCUUUGCUCAUCUUGUUUUGAUUCUUUUGUAAGAGAUGUAGUGAAGACAAUCAUGGAUACAAGAUUGCCACAAUGGUUAAGUUUAGGUCUUUAGCAUUGGACACGGAGAGUGUUUUUUCGGCACUCUUUUUUCUUUUCUUUUUGGAUUAGGAAUUAGAAAAAACAUUUAUGGUUAACUUGUUUAUAGAUAUAAAAUUCUUAUUAACAUUGAGCAUUGAAGAGCUCCAUUAUUGUUCUGAUUAUAAUACUCAUUGUUAAGACAAA